AUGGAUAAUAAAUAAUAAGAAGCACAAUACUCUUAACAUCCAUCAAUAAGCAAUUUAUUUAUUAAUCAAUAAGAUAAAUCAAUUGUAAAGGAAUUUUCUGAAACAUCUAAUAUUAUUUUAGAAAAUCGAAAAAAAUUAGUUGAACUCUAAUAAGUAUACGGAAAUUAACAUAGUUAAUAUGCUUUGGGAAUUAAAAGCAUAUAGGAAAAUAUGAAUUGUAAAAAAAUAAUAGUGACCUAUAAUUGCGAUCAAUCUGCUAUACCUUUAUCUUAAAUUAUUAUACCUUAAGUUAGUCCCAUUUUACCUUAAUCCUAAGAUAAAUACAAAAUACCAAAACUCUAAAUAUUUAGAAAUUUGUACGAAAUUUAUGGAUUUUUAAACACAAAAAACAUUUAACAUAGAAACCUAAAACCUAAUAAUAUCAUUUUAUAUAAUAACAAAUUAUUUCUUAUGGAUUUUUGUCACAUAGAAGGAGAAUGGUUUACAGAUUUUAUCAAUUUUUUUGAUCAAUAAAAUAACAGUCAUCAUCGAAAUAAUACAUAUCCAUAUCUAUCGCCAGAAAUAUAAGGCAUGAUUACUUAGUAUAAAUAAUCUUAAUCUGAAGAUUAAAAUGCUUUAUAAAAUAGGGAUUAAUUAUCUGUAAAAAAGCAGGAUUAAUUUGCAAUUGCAAUUAUGAUGUUAGAGGUUUUUAAAACUUUAGAAAAUAGGGAUUUAACUUCUGUUGAAAUAAGAGAAUAAGAGAUUAAUGAAUUAAAUCUAUCUGAGUUUACAGAAGAAGAUGGAAAAUUCAUUAAAAAUACAAUAUCUGGCUUAUUAAAAUUAAGUGAAUUCAAUGAAAAAGAUUAUAAUGAUAACUUAAAUAAAAUUGAAUAAAUAGAAAAAUAGCUUGAUAAUUAUCAGAUUAAUAAAUAAGCCUUAAUGAAUUAAAACUAUAAGAAUUUUGUUAAAUAGUUGUAUAAAGAUAAAAAAAAUAUUUUUGAUUUGAAAUUACUUUAUUUUUUUACUUAAGAAGAAUUAAAACAAUUAUUUAAUGAAAAUGAAACAAGUUAAGAAUUAAAAGAUGAGAUAAAAAAAUUUAUAAAGAUCUAUAAUGAUAUUGAUAAUGGAAGAUUAAAUAAUAUUAAGAGAUUAAAGGAAGAUGAUUUAUUGAUUAGUUUAGUUUAUUUGGAUGAGUAAAUAUAAUCAUUACAAUAAAAAUAAUAAUCGGGUGAACUUGAAAAAUAUCUCUAACUGAAAAGAUAACUGAGAAGAAAUUAUGAUUAAAUAAAUAAAAUGUAAUAAAGUGACUUUACAUUUAAUACUAUCUAAUAAGCAGAUAUACAAAUAAAUUAAAAUGAAAAUGAAAAUAAUCUCUAACCAUAAAAUUUAAACAAUAUGUAAAAUUAGAAUCUCUAAUAAGCAGAUAUUCAUAUAAAUUAAAAUCAAAGUAAUCUCUAACCAUGCAUUAUAAACAAUAUCUAAAAUUAGAAUCUCAAACGCUAUUAUUAAUUAUUUAGGUGUAUUAGAUAAAAUAUAGAUAAUAUUUAUCAAUGUUAAGGCAAUUCUAAUGAUAUAUAUAUUGGUAAAUUUGAAAACAAUAAUAUUUUCACUGGUGAAAUAAUAUCAUUAGAAGAAGAAAAAAGAAAGGAUAAAUAAGAAGAAAAAGUUGUAUUAAUCAAGCACUUUUUUAAAAUAACAUUAGACAAUAUGGAAAUUAAUAGUGUAAAAGGUUAAAAUCCUGAGUCAUAAAUUAUUUAUUUCAAGGAAAGUAAACAUCUAGGAAAUUUUAACAAAAUUAUUGAAUAUAUUGGUGAAAUUAAAAAUGGGAAAAAAAAUGGAAAGGGAGUAGAAAAAAAUUUCAUUAAAAAUAUGUCCUAUGAAGGGAUAUGGAAAAAUGAUUAAAUGUUCGGAGAUGGAACUAAGGAAAUAAUAAAUACUGAAUUUACACCUUUAAAUAGUCCCUAUAAAUGGAAAGGAACAUUUGUAAAUUCUUAAUUAAAUGGGGAUAAAAUAAAGACAUAUUUAUUACAUAGUAAGAGAAAAAUUCGGUUAAAGGGAAGAUAUCAAAAUGAUUAUAAAAUUGGAAAUCAUAUAUGUUAUGAGAAAAAACAAGGAAUUGAUAACAAUCCUGUUCUUUACAAAGCUUACUAUGUAAAUUGUUUUCAGAAAGAAUAUUCAUUUUGCUGGUAGAAUAAUUCAAGGUGUUGCUGA